AUGGACAGAGAGUGGGGUUCGAAGCCGGGGAGCGGCGGCGCCGCCUCCGCUCAGAAUGAGGCCAUAGACCGCCGCGAGCGUCUCCGCCGUCUUGCCCUCGAAACAAUCGAUUUGGCAAAAGAUCCCUAUUUUAUGCGCAACCAUCUCGGGAGCUAUGAAUGUAAGCUUUGUUUGACAUUGCACAACAAUGAGGGGAAUUACCUGGCUCAUACGCAGGGCAAGCGUCACCAGACUAACUUGGCUAAGCGAGCAGCUCGUGAAGCCAAAGAAGCUCCUGCUCAGCCGCAGCCUCAUAAGCGGAACGUCACCCUCAAGAAAAUUGUUAAAAUUGGCAGGCCUGGGUAUCGGGUGACUAAGCAGUUUGACCCGGAGACGAAACAGAGAUCCUUGCUUUUCCAGAUAGAGUAUCCCGAGAUUGAAGAUAAUACAAAGCCAAGGCAUCGAUUUAUGUCAUCUUUUGAGCAGAAAGUCGAACCAUUUGACAAAAAAUAUCAGUAUCUUAUAUUUGCUGCCGAACCUUAUGAAAACAUAGCAUUCAAGGUCCCAAGCACAGAGAUCGAUAAAUCAACCCCCAAAUUCUUCACCCACUGGGACCCAGACUCAAAGAUGUUCACUUUGCAGUUAUAUUUCAAGACAAAGCCACCGGAGGCGAAUAAACCUCAGCCACCACCGCCUGCAGCUAAUGGCACAGCAGCUCCGGGGCCUCUGCCACCGCCGCCCCAAGGCCUUCCACCAGCACCACCGCAAGGACCUCCUCCUCCCGGGCCACCCACUGGAAACCCUCCUCGGCCACCGUCAUCCAUGCCUCUUCCUCCCCCUCCUAUGGCCAAUGGGCCUAGGCCCAUGCCACCUGGCGGGAAUUUAUCCGCUCCACCGCCUCCGCCAGCUGGCGGUGGUCCUAUGGCGGCAAACUUUACUCCUGGCAUGCAGAUGGGAAGGCCUCCCAUGCCGCCACCUCAAGGAUUCCCGGGUCAACAAAUGCAGGGGCAGUACCCACCCCCUCCGCCACCUAACAUGGGUUGA